AAUACAAAUGCGAUGUAGAUUUGCCUUCCAUCCAUGCUACAUUUAUCAAAAAGAAACCCACAACCCAAUGUCUCUUCAAAAUUUCUUCAAAUUUCUCAAGAAAACAUCAGUUAAAGAAAGGGGAAGAAAACCUUCAGCACUUUCAGAGGGACUAUGUCGUCAAUUUUCACUAGCUGAGCUGAAAGCUGCCACCUACAACUUUGAUGAUGAUUUGAAAAUCGGUGAAUGUGGUUUUGGCCCAGUGUACAGGGGCUUCAUUGAUGGCGGCUCCAUGGUCGUCGCUGUCAAACGCUUGAGUAGAUCAUCCCCACAACGAGUUGAAGACUUCCGAAAUGAGGUAGAGUUACUCUGCCAACUGCGCCACCAAAAUCUUGUCUCUCUCGUUGGAAUGCUGAUCCAUGGAAGUGGAGGCAUGAUCAUCCUUUUGGGGAUGCUGAUCCGCUCCCAUGGAAGCGGAGGCUAGAGAUAUGCAUUGGGGCAGCGCGUGGACACUACCUUCACACAAGUACAAAGUAUGCAAUAAUCCGCCGCGAUGUCAAGCCUCGCAAUAUUCAUCUGAACAAAAAUCGGGAUGCUAA